AUGCCGGACGCGCUGCCGUUUCUGAAGUGGGCGACGGAGCAGGGUUUCCUUCUCGGGGUGACUACCAACACACCAAGCCCCAUGGACUCGGUGCUCCCGUUCAUGGGCCUGCACCAGUACUUUCGCUGCUUCACGUGCUCGCAGGACGUGGGCGUAGAGAAGCCUGACCGUGGCAUCUUUGAUCACAGUUUUGCGGAGAUGCGUACAGCUGCCAGCAUGAUCUCAGGGAGCGCUGGCGGCGCAGAGGGUGCUUUCUGUGACGAGGUCCGAGAGUUCGACCCCGAGUCUUUCAACAGAGCGCGAGUCCAGCUGGUCAACCGGUACGAGAGGCUGCUGCGGGCUGCGGGCGAGCUGCAGCCAGACCAGGUCCUGCACGUCGGCGACAGCCUUGCCGCGGACCUGUGCGGCCCGCGCGCCGCGGGCUGGCUCGGGGUGCACGUGGACCGCAGCUCGGACCCGAACGUGCGCGUGUACCAGGACCGACUGGCUGGAGGGGCCCGACUACGAGGGGAAGAGCGAGUCGGACGUGCGAGAAAACACAGUAUUUAG